CUCCUAAGAACCCUUGUACAGAUCACAUCACAUGGCCUCUGCUCUAGUCCUUAAGCCCUCAAAGUGGCUCGUCAACAGGAGCCUCAAGCUUCUCAAGCUCCCGCGUAACUUCCACUCGAGACCCAAAUCUCCAAACGCUCCGUCGAGCACGCCUUGCCGUGCCGACACCAGCGAGCACAAGUACUCGCGAGCCUUCCAACGCUUCGACCACGACGGAGACGGGAAGAUGUCCAGCGAGGAGCUCAGCGCUUACUUCGCGUCCAUCGGCGAGUCCUUACCCUGCCACGAAGCUCGGAAGGCAAUCGCCGACUUCGACCGGGACGGCGACGGCUUGCUUGAGUUCGAGGACUUCGUCCGCAUGGUGGAGCAAGACGGCGGCGAGACCAACAGCGAUCUCGAAAGGGUGUUCGAGAUUUUCGAGGCCGGCGAAGGCCGCGGGGGCAUCACUGCUCGGGGACUCCAGCACGUGUUGUCGAGGCUUGGGGAGAGAGAGCAUUCGUACGAAGAGUGUGUGGGAAUGAUACGUGCUUUUGAUCUCGACGGGGAUGGAGUGGUCGAUUUCCAGGAAUUCCAACGCAUGAUGACUUCGAACUGAUGUUGAGACGAUGAAGGGCCGCAGAGUUUCCUGUGAAAUGGGAUCAGAGUUUGUGAUUAGGUCUAGUCCGCACUCAUCGGCAAGACUCUUACUCAUAAGUGGCUAUGGCCAAUGGGGACCCCUCGAAAGUAUGUUAGGUGAGACACGAGACACUU